AUGAAUUUUUCGGAAAAUAUUUCUGGUUGUACCGGUAGUGAUAAAUAUACUGAUAAGACACUGUUAGAUGUAUCUGAAUUUCUGGUACACCCUAAAGGUGGAUACUAUGAAAAUCUGAGGAUCAUCGUCUCCAGCGAGAACAUCAAGCCCGAUUCGCCAACGCCCCCACACCUCAAAACUUACAAGCUAUCGAUGCUCGACCAGAUCCACCUGAAGAAAUCCCUUUUAGUUCUUCUUACCCGAUUCUACCCUUUCGCCGGGAGAGUCAACGUCGACGACAACGGUCACUCCAUCGACUGCAGCGACCAGGGAGUUCAUUUCACAGUCGCCAAGUUCCCCGGCCACAAUCUGUCCGAUCUGCUAGAAAAUCCAGAUCGCACGGAUUUGCCAAGCCUCCUCGUACCAGGGGUUGACUUCAUUUGGCAGGAGAUUGACCCGGAGUCAAGGGUCCUGAUGAUCCAAGUCAACUAUUUCGACUGCGGCGGCAUCGCCAUGGGAGUUGUUUUCUGGCAUAAGCUUGCUGACGCUACAACUAUCACAAAUUUUUUGAGGUCUUGGGGAAAUGCCAAUCGAGGAUCUAAACAUGGUGUCUGCCCUAACUACAUCUCCCAAUAUCUCUUCCCCCACAGACCCGAAUUGACCGACCAUUCUCAUUUCCCGACAAGGCUUCAGGUGUCGGCCAAAUGGGCAUUGAAGCGUUAUCGUUUUCGACGCCUCUACAAUUUCAGUCCUUCAGAGCGAAUCUUCUUGCAGCGUAAAAAAUGCUACAAAGCAUCCCUCGAAAAUGGCAAAUCAGAAUCCUUCGUGCUGCUGGCAGUUGAUCUGAGAAGGAAAGCCCGGCCGCCUUUUCCGUCCGACUGCUUCGGUAAUUUCCUCUCAUCGACGGUAGCAGCAAGUGGAAACCAUGAUCGGACAGAUCUGACGAGAAAAUUGAGGGAUGCAAUAAGCAGGAUCGACGAAACUAGUGUUACCAGUCUGCAAGGCCAUGGGGAUGGCGGCCUUGAAAGUUUUUACCGAAACAGAUCAUUAACCCCUAAAGCGUCGGAUGUUCUUGUUAUCUCGAGCUUGUGCGGUUUCGGGACUUACGGCCUCGAUUUUGGAUGGGGAAAUCCAGUUUGGAUUGCACCGCGUUGCGAUACGAGCAGUGAUUUCAAGUCGAAGUCGCUUCAGAUGGCACAUUCAGUGUGGCUAAUGGACACGAGACUCGGGCAUGGAGUAGAGGCUCUAGUCACUCUUAAAGAGGAGUACAUGCCGGUGUUUGACCGUGCCAUGAACGAGCUCCGGGACCUUGCUACACUCUACUAUCGACGAAUUUUGAAGAUGCGAUUGGACUUAGGAAUUGGGGAGAAGAAGCACGAUGGGAAAGGGUCCGAGGCGAAGGAAAUGAAAGCUUGCGUUGAUAUAGGGAGAGCCGAAGAGGUGAUUGGAGAUGCGUAG